AUGAACGAUGCUCUGAAACAAGAGAUCGGUAAUAAUACUGACAUAUAUCUGACAUACGGUGCCUUAACGGGAAAAGUGACCGUUCACUUGAAACCCAAAUGCAAACUUUUUGUAUUCGACAAAUUGUCCCUUAUCCUGGGAUUCGGUGGAAAUAGGGUGAAAAUUAACAAAACGGGCGAAAGUCCUCACGUAGUAGAUUUAAAUAUCUUUUCGACGAUCUACACAUACUGCAAUAUCGUUCAACCGCAGAUCGUUGGAGAUACGAGUGCGCAAUUACUUCGAAGCAUUCCCGUCGAAGGAAAGUAUGGUGAUAUCGUUACGAAAACGUUUACCAACAUACAAUACGUGCCUGUCCAAACGAAAUCCUUCGGAGACGUGAAAAUUCUUUUAAGGAACGACACAGGCGAUCCCGUACCAUUCGAACGUGGGAAUGUCAUAGAGACACUACAUUUCAGACAGCACACUUAUUUUACCUGA